GGCUAGAGUUUACUUUUCGAUUUAAGUAUUUUGUGAUUUUAAAAAAAAGAGACAAAAUGGGUAGAAUGUACGGUAAGGGCAAGGGUAUCUCCUCGUCGAGUAUCCCAUACGGCCGCAAGCCUCCCACCUGGCUCAAGACAAAGCCUUUUGAGGUUGAGGAGCAAAUUGUCAAACUCGCCAAAAAGGGACAAACACCAUCGCAAAUCGGUGUCGCCCUUAGGGACUCCAUGGCCAUCCCACAGGUCAAGGCCAUCACCAACAACAAGAUACUCAGGAUUCUCAAGGCACAAGGUUUGGCCCCCGAGAUUCCAGAGGACUUGUACUUUUUGGUCAAGAAGGCCGUUUCUAUGAGGAAGCACAUGGAGCACAAUUUGAACGACAAGGACUCCAAGUUUAGACUCAUUUUGGUCGAGUCUAGAAUCCACAGACUUGCCAGAUACUACAAGAAGAAGCGCCAGCUCCCAGCCACAUGGAAGUACAACGCUGCCACUGCUGGAACCCUCAUUGCCUAAGUUUUCUACUUGUG